UUGUAACAUUCUUGCAAUCUUGAUCGACACCAUCAUUUUUUUUUUACUCUCAAAUGCAGUAUAACACAACGUCAUCAAUGAACGCCGGCGAAGAGCCGCCACCACCUCCGCCUCUUCCACCGCCAAUAUUACUCUCAAACGAUCUAUCUCCGGCCAACUUCUUCAUGGAACAACCUAAUCAAUUGCCAAUGCAAAAUAAUUAUAACUCUCAAGUUGGUUGUGAUAAUAUUGAUUGGGCAGGGCUUUUAUCGGGCUCUUCAAUUAUUACUAAUAAUGGGACUCAUCAUGAGCAAAAUGCAACUAUGUCAAACGUGUCGAUAAAUCCUAGGAAUAUUAUGAUGGAAGCUGGUGAACAGCAACAACAAUUACAAGGACAACAUGGUGGGCUAUUUAGACAACAAUUACAAGAACAACAUGGUGGGUUAAAUAGAGACAAAGGGAAAUUUAGGAAGAGGAAAUAUGUACCACCUAGGAUUGCAUUUCAUACAAGGAGCACUGAGGAUAUUCUUGAUGAUGGAUAUAAGUGGAGAAAAUAUGGUCAAAAAGCUGUCAAAAAUAGCACACAUCCAAGGAGUUACUAUCGAUGUACACACCAUACAUGCAAUGUGAAAAAACAAAUUCAAAGACUUUCAAAGGAUACAAGCAUUGUGGUGACAACUUAUGAAGGCAUUCACAAUCACCCUUGUGAGAAGCUAAUGGAGACAUUAAGUCCACUUCUAAAACAACUUCAGUUUCUCUCUAGAUUCUAAAUAUGUUCUACUAAUUAUAGUAAAUGGGAUAUUAUCUAAAUGUCUCAAAUUGAAAAGUAACGUAACAUAUGUUUGUGUUUCAUUGUGCUGAUGACCAUACGUAGCAAGUCAAAUGUACAAUUCUGUUAAUAGAAAUGUAAAUUACGAUACCAUACAGUCAAGAAGAAGGGAUCGUUUCUAAUGUUACCACGUUAAGCCUUUAUAUGAACCAAGAAAAUUUCUGGUAAAUUUGUUUGUGUUUAAUUGACUAUAUGCUCCUU